ACGGGGCCGCUCAGAGCCGCGCAUCACGCUCAGAGGACUACAGUCCUCUGAGGACGGCAGUCCGAGGACUGCGUGUGACUGGGGACAGGACGGCGAGCGUGGCACGUGGUCUCAGGGUCAGGGCGUCAGGUGUGUCACGUGGUCUCAGGGUCAGGGCGUCAGGUGUGACACGUGACCUGAGCACGGCACGUCGUGCGUGACACGUGACCUGUGGCUGCUGGCGUCACGACCAGGAAGUGAAGAUGUGGCUGAUGAUGCUGGCGAUGGCGGUGGUCGUCCUGGGCGCUCCCAGAGAGCAGAUCUGCGGAUAUGACAAAUGUCCGACGGGUAAGCCGGACAUGUUGAACGUACACCUGGUGCCACACACUCACGACGACGUGGGCUGGCUGAAGACCGUCGACCAGUACUUCUACGGAGCCAAGAAUGACAUACAACGGGCCGGCGUCCAGUACAUCUUGGACUCCGUCAUUGACGAACUGGUCAAGGAUUCUUCAAGACGUUUCAUAUACGUGGAGACGGCGUUCUUCUGGCGCUGGUACCUGCAGCAGGACGAGCAGACAAUCGCCACUGUGGAGAACCUCGUCAACGAGGGACGGCUCGAGUUUAUCGGCGGCGGCUGGAGCAUGAACGACGAGGCCUGCGUCCACUACAACGCCGUCAUCGACCAAAUGUCGCUCGGCAUGAGGACAUUGUCUGACCACUUCGGUACCUGCGGCAUCCCCCGGGUGGCGUGGCAGAUCGAUCCCUUCGGCCACACCAAGGAGCAGGCCAACCUGUUCGCCCAGAUGGGCUUCGACGGCCUGUUCUUCGCCCGGAUUGACUACGACGACCGAAAAAGGCGGAUCAACGACACCGACAUGGAGAUGGUGUGGCAGGCGGACCACAACCAAGACCUCUUCACUGGCGUCCUGUACCGCCACUAUUCUCCGCCCCCUGGACACUGCUACGACGUGAACUGCAACGAUCCGCCCAUCAUGGACGACUCGCGGCUCCGGGAUUACAAUGUCGAGGACAAGGUGAACAACUUCAUCGACUUCGCGAAGAACAAAUCGAAGGCCUACCGAAGUGGUCAUAUCAUGAUGACCAUGGGCGACGAUUUCAACUACCAAGACGCCAAUAUGUGGUUCAAAAAUAUGGACAAGUUCAUCAAGUACGUCAACGCGCGUCAAAGCGACGGUGAGACAGUGAACCUGAUGUACUCCACGCCCUCCUGCUACCUGAAGGCUCUGCACGACAGUGGACUCGUCUGGCCCACCUUUCAGGACGACUUCAUGCCGUAUGCCAGUGAUCCGUGGGCUUACUGGAGUGGCUACUUCACCUCACGGCCCGCGCAGAAGGGCUACAUCCGCAAGUCCAACAACUUCCUCCAGGUCUGCAAGCAGCUUUCGGCGAUGUUCCAAACGGAGGACACCACGGCGAAACCCAGCCGCGUAGACCUGCUGCGGAACGCCAUGGGAAUCAACCAGCACCACGACGCCGUUACAGGCACUGAGAAGCAACACGUCGCAGAUGACUAUGUCCAGCGAUUGAGCGAGGCCACGGAGUCCUGCCGGGGGGCCGUCAACGACGCUCUGGUCCGGGCGGGCCUGCCGCCGCAGACGUUCUGCAAUCAGCUGAACACGUCCACGUGUCACGUAACCGAGCGGAGCAGCAAGUUCGUGGCGUACGUGUACAACCCGCUGUCACGGAGCGUCAGCCCCUGGGUUCGAAUCCCGGUGGCCGGACAGUCUGCCAUCGUGGUGAACGAGCAAGGCGCGACCAUUGACAGCGAGCUCAUCCCCAUUCCGGCCGAGGUCCAGGACCUCCCUGGCCGGGAUUCGACAGCCAACGUUGAACUUGUGUUCCAGGCCUCUGCGCUACCGCCUCUCGGCUUCAAGGCUUACUACGUUCGGGUGUUUUCGUAUGGGACCGCCUCUCAGCACGCCUCAGAGCGUCCCGGUCUGCAAACGCUCUCAAAUGGUCACGUGACACUCGACCUUGACCCCAAGACCCUCCGGCUCGGCAGGAUGCGCGCUGGAAAUGCUGAUGUCAAGGUGGAUCAGAACUUCAUGUGGUACGAGGGGUAUGGCAGCCCCAACAACACACCGUGGCAGCCGCAGCACAGACCCAGUGGGGCCUACGUCUUCCACCCGAAAGGAAGGGCUAAGCCAAUGAAGGCAACGUCAGUGGUGACGCUGGACGGAGCUCUGGUGAAGGAGUACCGACACACGUUCGACAUGGACUGGGUCUCCCAGGUGACCCGGCUCUACAAGGACGAGCCCUUCGCUGAGGUCGAGUGGAUGGUCGGGCCCAUUCCCAUCGAGGACGGCGUCGCCAAGGAGGUGAUCAGCCGCUUCAGCAGCGCCAUCAACUCUACCGGCACCUUCUACACAGACUCCAACGGACGCCAGAUGAUGAAGCGUCGUCGUGACCACCGUGAUGCGUGGACCCUGAAUGUCACGGAGCCGGUGGCCGGAAACUACUUCCCGGUUAACUCACGGAUCUUCAUCAAAGACGCCGACAGCCAGCUGACCGUACUUACCGAUCGGUCACAAGGUGGCAGCAGUCUCGCCAGUGGCCAGCUGGAACUGAUGCUGCACCGCCGCACGGUGCAGGACGACGCGUUCGGCGUGGGCGAGCCGCUGAACGAGACCGAGUUCGGCGUGGGUCUGGUGGUGCGCGGUCGUCACUGGGUGGUGGUCAGCGACCCGGCCGACGCCCCCAAGCUACAUCGCGACCUCGCCGAACAGAUGUUCAUGGCGCCCCAGCUGAGCUUUGCUCCAGCGCCAAUGAUGACCAUGAUGCAGUGGCUCAGCAGUACCACUGUCAAACAGUUCACAGGCAUGCGGCCGCUGCCUGCCAACGUGCACCUGCUGACGCUGGAGAUGUACAAGCCGAACCAGCUGCUGAUCCGACUGGAGCAUCAAUUCCAGGCCGACGAGGAUCCCGUGCUCAGCAAACCUGUCGACGUUAACCUCAAGGAUCUGUUCACCACCCUGAACGUGACGUCAGUGGAGGAGUUCGGCCUGUCGGCUGACAGGCCUCUGAAGGACAUCAACCGCUUCCACUGGGAUCACAUGCGGUCCAACCGGCUGCCCACGAGCUUCCGAAGCCCUGCAUCUUGGGCGGACCGCGGCAAAAACGGCGAAAACGACCUGCUCACGGUGACGCUGAACCCAAUGGAGAUCCGCACGUUUGUGGCAUCGUACCAGAGCCCGUGAACCCCGGUGAACCCCCUUGAGCCUGCGCUGAUCCAUUGAACCAGGCUUCUGAGUGACCUGAGAACAAGUCACCGCCUGAUAAAAGGUCCUGAGCCGCCGUGGACCUGAUGUUUGUGUUUGAAUUGUCGCCUUUUGCAAGUCAUAAUUACAAUUACAAUUAUAAACACACCGUUUAAAGCAAUGUUCUGUGUUUCUGCAAGGCCGGGGACCUGCUGGUUGUGUUUGAACUGUCGCAUUUUGCAAGUUAUAAAGGGGAUAACCGUAACCGUAACCGUUUAAAGCGAUGUUCUGUGUUUCUGAAAGGCCGGGGACCUGCAGUUUGUGUUUUGUUGGGCUGCGGAUGCAACUUGUAAUAAGCAUA